UUUGCAGAAUAGUAACAACGCAAAAGAAAGAGAAAGAAAGAAAAGAUACAGCUCCAUCGAAGGUGAAUGCGUGAGAUUUAAUUCAGGCCGUUUAUAGAAUAAAGCGAUGGAAAGCAAAAAGGCUUUGGCAACCACUAGAAAAGUUAUAAGAUGCAGAGGUUUUAUUUCUUUAUUUUUCUGUAUAUUGGUUAAAAAAUCAUUACUACAUGAGAUAACUCCACCUUGCUUCUUUGGUUUUUCUUCCUUUUUCAUGAUAUACCAAGCAGCAGCAAUCGGCAGAAAGCCAGGAGUGCCACUAUCGAUAGAGGAAAUUGAAGUUGAUCCUCCAAAAGCUUGGGAGGUUCGAAUCAAGAUUCUAUGCACAUCCCUCUGUCACAGUGAUAUUACCUUCUGGAAAUUAACUGCAGGACCUGCUGCAAUAUUUCCCAGAAUUUUUGGGCAUGAAGCAGCUGGUGUUGUGGAGAGUGUAGGAGAGUACGUAGAAGAAGUGAGAGAAGGAGAUUUGGUAAUUCCUGUAUUUCAAGAAAACUGCGGAGAAUGUAGAGACUGCAAGUCAACAAAAAGCAACACUUGCACAAAAUUUGGAAUCAACUAUCGAGUAGACAUGCCAAGGGAUGGAACAAGCAGGUUUAGAGACAUGAAUGGGGAGAUUGUACACAAUUUUUUGCGCGUGUCCAGCUUCACCGAGUACACUGUAGUUGAUAUCACGCAUGUCGUCAAAAUUACCAGGGAAAUGCCACACGAUAAGGCCUGUCUACUCGGCUGUGGAGUGUCAACCGGGGUUGGAGCAGCGUUCAAGGUGGCAGGAGUGGAAGAGGGAUCUACUGUAGCAAUCUUUGGGCUUGGGACUGUUGGACUUGCGGUUGCAGAAGGAGCAAGGUUAUGCAAAGCUUCAAAAAUUAUUGGUGUUGAUUUAAAUCCUGAAAAAUUUGAGUUAGGGAAAAAAUUUGGAGUCACUGAUUUCAUCAACCCUGCAGAGUGUGGGGAGCAAACAAUCAGCCAGGUGAUUAAGGAAAUGACAGACGGGGGUGCUGACUAUUGCUUUGAGUGCAUUGGAUUGGCAUCUGCAAUGGAAGAUGCUUUCAGUUGUAGCCGAGAGGGGUGGGGGAAGACAGUGAUACUGGGAGUGGACAAGAUUGACCAGGCAUUGUCUUUGAACUGCUAUGAGAUUCUUAGAGGCAAAAGUGUUAGCGGCUCAUUGUUCGGAGGGAUCAAGCCCAAAACUGAUAUCCCACUUCUUGCCCAGAAAUAUGUAGACAAGGAACUUCAUCUGGAUGAUUUCAUAACCCACCAAGUGAAUUUCCAGGAUAUUAAUAAAGCUUUUGAGUUGCUCCUGGAAGGGAAAAGCCUCCGUUGCAUCAUCUGGAUGGAUCAGUAACUGUCUCCCUUUCUCAUGCCACUGUAACAACGGUGACCAAUAAACUUAUUUCAUCAUAUAAAUCAAAACUCUAUAUAUCAUCUCCCAUUAAUAUAUACUAAAUGCAUACUGUAAUUUUUU